AUGGGGAGGCGGUCGAUAUCAACCACAAAGAGUGGAAAGUUUAUGAAUCCAACUGAUCAAGCAAGUAAGACUUUAUCUCAUUCGUUCAUAAUGAUUUUACUUCCUUCCUCAAUUUUGUGUCUUUUUAUUUAAACGUUCAUUUACAUCUGUAGCUAUGCUAAGCUUUACUCAUUUCACCUUAAUUGUGUUUUUUACAUUGACAGGAAAGGAAGCAAGAAAGCGAGAAUUAAAGAAGGUUUGUAUCGAUUCGUUCGUUUGUGUACAGAGGCAAGAAUGGUUAGGUAUUGAUGUAAUAACUAGCUGCACUAAGAUCAAACCAUUGAGCUUAUAUCACAGCUGCAUAGCACUCUUUUUAGGGGUUUACCUCGGUGUAAAAAUCCGUGAAUUUUUUUUUGUUUUCUAGCUACUUUUUUCCUUGGCUCUGUCGUACUGACUUCUCUUUGUAUUCAUUGUUUUACGUCACUCAUGAGUUUCACAGGUUUUUACAUUGAGGAUGAGCCCUAUUUAGUCUUAGAUGUAUCUCACUUGUUGUCCUCAUCCCCUAAGAUCUGUAUUGUCUGAUAAUUUUUCUCUAUUUUUACCCACAGAAUAAGAAGCAGAGAAAGAUGGUGCGAGAAGCUGUCUUAAAAUCCAAAGACCCUAGAAAAAUUUUGGAAGAAAUCGAGAAAAUAGAAAAUAUGGGUAAGUAAUUUUUAUACCACUGAAAUGACUACAUUUCACUGAGGACAAGUAGAAAUCUUCAGGUGUAAGUUAUGAAAGUGGUGGAGUCUUAAGGGGUAGAAUUAAAAGUUUUGAUCCAUGUAAGGUUGCUGGUGGAAUCUAGAAUCCUACAUUUUGGACUCUGAAAUUCAGCUCAAGGAAUCCGAAAUCCCCCUUAUGAUUGAAAUCUGAAUUCUGAGUUCCACUGAAGAAGAAUCUGGAGUCCAGUACCUCGAAUCUGGAAUCCAAAGUUGGAAUCCAAAAUGCGAGACUGUGUUUGAUUAGCUUCAUGGGGCAAAAAGUUGAAGUAAUCUUUAGCGGUAAAACCUUAAUGCUGAAGGGAAUUUAUCGAAAAAUAUAAAUUUCUCUAGUAAAGACCUUGAACUACAGCUAGUCCAGCAGUGCAGUGCAGUAUUAAAUGCAUCAGCCCAUAUCCUCCUGUUAAAAUACCACUCAAAUGUAAGUUGACAGUUACUCACAUCUUGAUCCUUGAGAUUCAGUUCUUGAUAAUUUCUCAAAAUUUUUGGGAAUUGAAUAUUGAGUGAAGGUACUGCAUCAUAUCUGACUAAAAUUAUAUGUGCAUUUAAAGCAUAUUUUCAGCAUUUAAUUCUUUGUCAUACUAUAAAACUUGCAUUGCUCAUUCAUGAAGCCCUCUUUUUCCCAGGUUGUAGAAACCUGAAUCCUGAAUACUCCUCAUCACAAUAUGCACGUGUACCACCCCGAUAUAUUUUAGAAUUUGCAAUGAUUUUCUUCUGUUAGAAAAUGAUGCUGGACCAGUCCCUCUUCCAAAUGACAAAGCACUGAAAGACAAAAAGAGAAAGCUAAAAGAAACACUUGAUAGGAUGGUUGGUCUUCUUGUAAGUAAAGUUGUAGGAUUUAUCUUUUUUAUUGUUGAAGUUUAUCACCAAAACUCUUCUUCAUAUCUUAAGUUUGUGAAAUAAUAAUUUGUAGACCUUUUUCAAAGAAGUAAAUUAUCUAAAAUAUUUUUCAACACUUAGUUGUAGUUAUAUAAAAAAUAUAUGGUAUGGCCUGGUACAUUUAAUACAGCAAAUAAAUGUACAACUUGGAUGCUAGUAGAUUUGGUAAUGUUUCAUUGGAAAUUUUCUUUGCACUUUUUAAGUGUAAGUUACUGAUUUUAUGUAGGGAAAUAUCACAGAUUCAUACAAAGUUUGUCAAUGCAAAAGCUCAAUUCAGUUGUAGCAACAUACCAGGUUUUCCAUUCAUACAUGUACAGCGUACAGUGUAGUUCUUGGCCCCUUGUGAAUUUUUUCCCUUUUGUUUCCUCUUAUAAUAAUUUGUGACAUUUCACUCUUCCAUAGGAGAAAGAUGAUCCUUCUCAGUCUGGACUUUUGAGACAGUGAGUUCAAUCAGACUUGUUUUCAUUUUUGCUUUUAUAAGGGCGUGAAAAAUACACUUGAAGUCAAAUUUGAACACAGUAGAAAAAAACUAGGUCAAGCUUUACACAUUCUGUGUGUUUUAGGUCUUGUGGAUUUAUGAAUGACACAAUGUAGUAGUUACAGACUGUAUUUUGUCAUUGCAUGUCAAGCAAUCUUCUUUGUACCCCAACCCUGUAGGUUGAUUGCUGAAAGUGAGAGAAAGCGUUUGCUAGCCCAGAUGUCUGCCAAUGGUAAUACUAAUAAUUUAUUGUUUGAAUUUGUAAGAGGGUAGUUAUUGAGUAGUUAUUAGCUAUGUGUAAUCAUUAUGGUAAUAGGCUGAGUGGAGUCCAUUUCCCUUUGUUAUCAUACAAGUGAUUAACAAAAUCCCAGAAGUCUGGGAGAGUUAGUUUGAGUAUAAGAAUAAUUAUAUUUUCAGGUUUUUAAAAUAAGCACAAGGUAUUUGGAAAGUUUUUUGCUACAAGCAUGACUUGUUGGAAAAACCUAUUGAAGUGGACACAUCAGUAAUUGUAUGUAAUGUGCAGUUAUUAUUACUGAGGCAUGACUCAUACUGUCCUUUUACCUGUCCUACAUUGUAUUAAUGCUGAACUCAGGGAAGCUGAUAGCCAAUUGGAUUUGAUAAUUUUGUCAUAUAUUAUUAUUAUUUUUUUUGUAAUCAGUCAUUGAAUUUUAUCUUUAAAUUUUUAUGAACAAACGAACAGUAGCAAUAAAAGGAAGUUGCAUAGUCAAGCUGUUUAUACAACUAAACUCUCCACAUUGUAAUAAAGUUUUAAAACCUUCUUGCUUUAGGGGUUAAGGUCUUCUAUAUUAAGCUAUGUUGAUGAAGUAAAUGCACCUUCUGCUAUGGUUUUGACUGAUAAUGUAAGCUGAUAUAUAUUUUAACGAAGUAUGUUUAUAACUACGUCUUAAUUACUGGGUCCUUUCCUUACAGAGUCAAGACAAAAAGCUUUAGCAGAGGUGUGUAAAUUAUAUACUUUAGUGUAACAAAACAUAUUUUGUUUGUUUUUUUUGGAAAACGUGUUUAGCUGGCGUGUGUUUUCUUUGUACCACCCUAAAAGUCAAUAGAUACUCCUGUAUUUCACUUCUAUUUGUACCAUUUCAUUUUCCAGUGUCAUCAAUUCUAAACAUUAUUUUUUUAAAAAAUAACUGUAUCGUUAAAUUUCUUUUCCAUUGUUUCAGGAAGCUAGGAUUCCAGCAGAUAUUCCAUUACCACCCAACAUCCCUCUACCGCAUGCAGGUGUGGUGCUUUUGUUCUAUCCAAUAAGUAUAUUAUUUUAACAACUUUGUACCAUUUUUAUCUCUGCUUUCUUCUGCUACUUUUAUCAUUCUUGGUUGUUUCACCAUUUCAUGAUAAUUACCCUGUAGAAAUUAGCCAUCAAAUCAACCUUUCAUUCGUAACAGUAGGCACAUGGAAAAUUCUUAAAUCAAAAUCAAAAUUUCCUCGUGUGAAAUUAUGAGAAAUAACCCUUUAGGUCCCAAGAGUGACCAACAUCAAUUUUCUCCUAUUACUUCCUUCCUCAAUUUUGUGUCUUUUUAUUUAAACGUUCAUUUACAUCUGUAGCUAUGCUAAGCUUUACUCAUUUCACCUUAAUUGUGUUUUUUACAUUGACAGGAAAGGAAGCAAGAAAGCGAGAAUUAAAGAAGGUUUGUAUCGAUUCGUUCGUUUGUGUACAGAGGCAAGAAUGGUUAGGUAUUGAUGUAAUAACUAGCUGCACUAAGAUCAAACCAUUGAGCUUAUAUCACAGCUGCAUAGCACUCUUUUUAGGGGUUUACCUCGGUGUAAAAAUCCGUGAAUUUUUUUUUGUUUUCUAGCUACUUUUUUCCUUGGCUCUGUCGUACUGACUUCUCUUUGUAUUCAUUGUUUUACGUCACUCAUGAGUUUCACAGGUUUUUACAUUGAGGAUGAGCCCUAUUUAGUCUUAGAUGUAUCUCACUUGUUGUCCUCAUCCCCUAAGAUCUGUAUUGUCUGAUAAUUUUUCUCUAUUUUUACCCACAGAAUAAGAAGCAGAGAAAGAUGGUGCGAGAAGCUGUCUUAAAAUCCAAAGACCCUAGAAAAAUUUUGGAAGAAAUCGAGAAAAUAGAAAAUAUGGGUAAGUAAUUUUUAUACCACUGAAAUGACUACAUUUCACUGAGGACAAGUGGAAAUCUUCAGGUGUAAGUUAUGAAAGUGGUGGAGUCUUAAGGGGUAGAAUUAAAAGUUUUGAUCCAUGUAAGGUUGCUGGUGGAAUCUAGAAUCCUACAUUUUGGACUCUGAAAUUCAGCUCAAGGAAUCCGAAAUCCCCCUUAUGAUUGAAAUCUGAAUUCUGAGUUCCACUGAAGAAGAAUCUGGAGUCCAGUACCUCGAAUCUGGAAUCCAAAGUUGGAAUCCAAAAUGCGAGACUGUGUUUGAUUAGCUUCAUGGGGCAAAAAGUUGAAGUAAUCUUUAGCGGUAAAACCUUAAUGCUGAAGGGAAUUUAUCGAAAAAUAUAAAUUUCUCUAGUAAAGACCUUGAACUACAGCUAGUCCAGCAGUGCAGUGCAGUAUUAAAUGCAUCAGCCCAUAUCCUCCUGUUAAAAUACCACUCAAAUGUAAGUUGACAGUUACUCACAUCUUGAUCCUUGAGAUUCAGUUCUUGAUAAUUUCUCAAAAUUUUUGGGAAUUGAAUAUUGAGUGAAGGUACUGCAUCAUAUCUGACUAAAAUUAUAUGUGCAUUUAAAGCAUAUUUUCAGCAUUUAAUUCUUUGUCAUACUAUAAAACUUGCAUUGCUCAUUCAUGAAGCCCUCUUUUUCCCAGGUUGUAGAAUCCUGAAUCCUGAAUACUCCUCAUCACAAUAUGCACGUGUACCACCCCGAUAUAUUUUAGAAUUUGCAAUGAUUUUCUUCUGUUAGAAAAUGAUGCUGGACCAGUCCCUCUUCCAAAUGACAAAGCACUGAAAGACAAAAAGAGAAAGCUAAAAGAAACACUUGAUAGGAUGGUUGGUCUUCUUGUAAGUAAAGUUGUAGGAUUUAUCUUUUUUAUUGUUGAAGUUUAUCACCAAAACUCUUCUUCAUAUCUUAAGUUUGUGAAAUAAUAAUUUGUAGACCUUUUUCAAAGAAGUAAAUUAUCUAAAAUAUUUUUCAACACUUAGUUGUAGUUAUAUAAAAAAUAUAUGGUAUGGCCUGGUACAUUUAAUACAGCAAAUAAAUGUACAACUUGGAUGCUAGUAGAUUUGGUAAUGUUUCAUUGGAAAUUUUCUUUGCACUUUUUAAGUGUAAGUUACUGAUUUUAUGUAGGGAAAUAUCACAGAUUCAUACAAAGUUUGUCAAUGCAAAAGCUCAAUUCAGUUGUAGCAGCAUACCAGGUUUUCCACUCAUACAUGUACAGCGUACAGUGUAGUUCUUGGCCCCUUGUGAAUUUUUUCCCCUUUUGUUUCCUCUUAUAAUUUGUGACAUUUCACUCUUCCAUAGGAGAAAGAUGAUCCUUCUCAGUCUGGACUUUUGAGACAGUGAGUUCAAUCAGACUUGUUUUCAUUUUUGCUUUUAUAAGGGCGUGAAAAAUACACUUGAAGUCAAAUUUGAACACAGUAGAAAAAAACUAGGUCAAGCUUUACACAUUCUGUGUGUUUUAGGUCUUGUGGAUUUAUGAAUGACACAAUGUAGUAGUUACAGACUGUAUUUUGUCAUUGCAUGUCAAGCGAUCUUCUUUGUACCCCAACCCUGUAGGUUGAUUGCUGAAAGUGAGAGAAAGCGUUUGCUAGCCCAGAUGUCCGCCAAUGGUAAUACUAAUAAUUUAUUGUUUGAAUUUGUAAGAGGGUAGUUAUUGAGUAGUUAUUAGCUAUGUGUAAUCAUUAUGGUAAUAGGCUGAGUGGAGUCCAUUUCCCUUUGUUAUCAUACAAGUGAUUAACAAAAUCCCAGAAGUCUGGGAGAGUUAGUUUGAGUAUAAGAAUAAUUAUAUUUUCAGGUUUUUAAAAUAAGCACAAGGUAUUUGGAAAGUUUUUUGCUACAAGCAUGACUUGUUGGAAAAACCUAUUGAAGUGGACACAUCAGUAAUUGUAUGUAAUGUGCAGUUAUUAUUACUGAGGCAUGACUCAUACUGUCCUUUUACCUGUCCUACAUUGUAUUAAUGCUGAACUCAGGGAAGCUGAUAGCCAAUUGGAUUUGAUAAUUUUGUCAUAUAUUAUUAUUAUUUUUUUUGUAAUCAGUCAUUGAAUUUUAUCUUUAAAUUUUUAUGAACAAACGAACAGUAGCAAUAAAAGGAAGUUGCAUAGUCAAGCUGUUUAUACAACUAAACUCUCCACAUUGUAAUAAAGUUUUAAAACCUUCUUGCUUUAGGGGUUAAGGUCUUCUAUAUUAAGCUAUGUUGAUGAAGUAAAUGCACCUUCUGCUAUGGUUUUGACUGAUAAUGUAAGCUGAUAUAUAUUUUAACGAAGUAUGUUUAUAACUACGUCUUAAUUACUGGGUCCUUUCCUUACAGAGUCAAGACAAAAAGCUUUAGCAGAGGUGUGUAAAUUAUAUACUUUAGUGUAACAAAACAUAUUUUGUUUGUUUUUUUUGGAAAACGUGUUUAGCUGGCGUGUGUUUUCUUUGUACCACCCUAAAAGUCAAUAGAUACUCCUGUAUUUCACUUCUAUUUGUACCAUUUCAUUUUCCAGUGUCAUCAAUUCUAAACAUUAUUUUUUUAAAAAAUAACUGUAUCGUUAAAUUUCUUUUCCAUUGUUUCAGGAAGCUAGGAUUCCAGCAGAUAUUCCAUUACCACCCAACAUCCCUCUACCGCAUGCAGGUGUGGUGCUUUUGUUCUAUCCAAUAAGUAUAUUAUUUUAACAACUUUGUACCAUUUUUAUCUCUGCUUUCUUCUGCUACUUUUAUCAUUCUUGGUUGUUUCACCAUUUCAUGAUAAUUACCCUGUAGAAAUUAGCCAUCAAAUCAACCUUUCAUUCGUAACAGUAGGCACAUGGAAAAUUCUUAAAUCAAAAUCAAAAUUUCCUCGUGUGAAAUUAUGAGAAAUAACCCUUUAGGUCCCAAGAGUGACCAACAUCAAUUUUCUCCUAACAACAUCAGCAGAUCAUAAGAAGUAAAAGGUAAUGAGAAUUACUGAAUUGAUUACCAAAGGGAGAAUGCUUUGACCUUAAACCAAAUUCUCUCAACUAUUCUUUAAAAAAAUGUAUGGAGAUCAGUCUGGAGUUCAUUUGAAUGGUAACUUUGAAAAUUUUUGUACGCACAUUCCAGAAUUGGCUCCCCAGGAAAGGAACCCAGAAGAGAAUUUAAACCCAAGUUAGUGAUAAGGGGGUCCUCAAACAACUUGGCCCUAAAGACUGUUUUCUCAAGAAUCAAUUUUAAAUAAUUUUUUUUUCAGGAAUGUUGAUGCCAAGUGAUAUUCCUCUCCCUGGACCAUUGCCUGGACAACUGUGAGUUUCUGUUUAUUAUUCUUGUUUUAAAUGCCAUUGUUAGCAGUACAACUGCAGGGCACAGAAUAACAGCCGGUCGAGGGACAAUGUCAGACCAGAAUGGCGACUUGUGCAGCCAAAAACUUUACUAACCAGUCAUGUUGACCGGUCAUUCAUUCUUGAACCAACUGCUAAAUCCUCACCUGUUAAUCUUAUAUUUAUGUGCCUUGGACUACGGUUACUCAUCUAUAGUGUAACAACCUGUACCUGGAUGUCUCAAAAUGUUCAUUUUUACCAGCUUUUUCAUGUGAAGUUGGCAUCCAGUCUUAAUAAUGGUGUAGAUAAUGUGUACUUACCUUAACUUUAUGUUACUUUAAAAAAUGUGGCAAAAACAUUUCACCUGUAAUAUUAUCGUACCUAUAAAAAAGCAGUUAACAUUAUUAUUAUUUAUGCAUACAAGCUCUUUUAUUACAUGUUACUAGUUGGUUUUGCACUGGAUGGGUUGUCGAUAAUACAUGCCAAAAAUUACUGCUUUACUGAUUUUUUUGCGCUGUGCUAUUCUCUUAGCACACAACAAGAAUCAUGUAGUGCACUACACAAUUCUCAUUGCGCAGGAAACAAGACAUGACUGGUAACUUACUUUUCAGCAGCACUAUACUUUUAUUCAUCAUCAGGCCCCUUCCUCCUGGAUUAAUACCCCCCGGUCCACCACCAGGGCCCCCACCAACCCUCCCCCAAGGAGUUGUGCCACCUGGUCCCCCACCAGGACCGCCGCCAGGUGCUCCACCUGUCAGCAUUCCCCCACCCCCACCUCCUGGAACAGCACCUGAUGACUUAGAGGGUAGACCAUAUGAUGAUGGUGAUAGUGAGGGUAGUACUAGUGAAUCAGGGGGUGAAGAAGAAGAGUAUGACCCUGCAGUUCCGCUGGAGAGGCUGGAAGGGGAAAAUGAUGGGCAACCAAUUGGUGAACAAGAUGACAACACAGAUGAGGAGAUGGACAGUGAAGGAGGUAAAUUCUCCCACUCCCAAUAAAAUGUAUUCUUAUUAGAAACCUUUAGCCUUUACUCAUCUUGCCUCAUUUUUAUGUUGAAUGUUGUGGAACAAAAAACAUUAAAUGAUACAGUUGGGCAUCAGACAACAUUCACCUGAAAUUUGUCCAUUGUCUGACAAAAUCCUGCCAGUGGUUGAGUAUGAAGACUUGACUAAUCAAGUACAAAAAUAUAUAUUAUUUUGAAGCUGAUAAUUUGCAUGGUACUGAUAGAAUGCAAGUCAACUUAUCAUGUUCCCUGACAACUUUUAUAGUCUGUCUGACUGAAAACAUUGACCUGGUCAGGCAUACGGUAUGUCCUGUCUAAAAACAAAAAUUAUCUUAUUUACAGCCCUGAGCUUAGUGAGAUGAUAUCAACUAAUUUCUCUGUUUUGCUGCAGAGUCGAGAGAACGUCAAAGAACAGUGAGGUUUGCUGAUGAAGUUGAGCAAAGUGGGAUUCAACCCUCAAACAGUGCCAAUACAUCAUCCAUUCAAGAUUUUCUUCUCAAAAUGGCUGGUCAGCCUCUUCCAGAAAAUAAGGUUCAAAUAAUAAUUAUUAUUGUGUUGAAAAGAAGACAUCCUAAAUAACAUACUUGUUAACCUGUGCUUAGUGGUCACCCUUGGAGAAUGACACACUGACAGGGUAAUAGAGGUUGUUGAUGUGAUGUCAGGAAGAAUCCACCUAGUGCAGAUUGACUGUAGUCAUGAAAAGGUUUUUGAGAGUAACAUUCAACUGUACAAGUUCAAUUCAUGGUGGUCGGGUUACUUCUCUGCCGUCAUUCAAAGUCAAAAUCUUGCUAUAAAAAGUAAGUUAGAUUAUUGCAGAUAUGGAAACACGCUUUUAAAUUAAUUUGGCUAAUAUUACUGAGCUUUAUGCAAGUACACUGCCCAUUCUCAAGAGAUAGAUCACUUUACGAUGCUUUGCCGAAUUUCGGUUUUUGUGGCAUAUUGAUUAAAUCCCCUCCAUUGGAAAAAAAAAAUAAACCCACCAUUUCAAACUUGCAGGUAACCUAAUUUUAGUUGUGUAAUGUAUGUCACCUUUUUCAUUAACCAAAGUAUUUUCUCUCUGUUUCGUCAAUGCAGAAAACAUCAGAGGAGCAAGGAGACCAAACCAAGAGAAGCACAACACAGGUAGCCCAACCACCAGGACCACCACCGGGGCCACCCCCUGGUCAGCUACCCCUGGGAAGUCAACAACCUGGAUCCUUACCAAUCCAACCCAACUUUGCGAUCAGACCGCCCCCGCGGAUGUUUCCCCCCGGUCCCCCACCUGGUAGGCCUCCAGGUCCUCCCCCAGGGAUGCCUGGCAUGGUUCCCCCAGGACCACCCCCUGGAUUACCACCUAACAUGAUGGCGCAUGCUCUGGCAAGAGGACCAAGACCCCUUAUGCAGCCGCCCAUGUCGCUCCCGCCAAGACCUGGAAUGCCCCCACCCCCUCGACCACCCCCUGGAAUGGUUCCUCCCCCACCCCAUGGUGCAGUUUUAUCAGCGCCUCCGACCUUUAUCAGCAAACCGCCCAUGGCUAAUCCAACGUCUGA